AGAAAUGUUACACACUCAAAAGUAGAUUUGCUGGAAAUCUCUCAAGCAUCUUCCUUCCCCUCCAUAUUUAAUCACAGUGGUUGCACUGAUCUUGUUUUAUUCUUUGGUUGUCUUUCUCCUAGUAAUGAAGCCUGGAGAUUUAUGGGUGGCUUUGCAAAGCCUGUCACCUUAACAGAAGUCCUUACUAAGGGAUUCAAGUGGGGAUUUGCAGCUUUCGUCAUAGCUCUUGGCAUUGAAUAUGCAAUGUUUCCUCCAAAGAAGAAUGGAGGUCAUCACUGAAUACCAAGUAUGAGAAUUUAUUGUUUCUAAAUGAAAGUGUACAAUAAUCUGCUGCU